AUGUUCUCAGAUCGAUCCAGUCAUUACCACCCAGGUAACGGGUUCCAUUCCCGCGGUGGCCGUUCUCACGGACUUGGUAGUUUAGGGUGUUCAGGGGGACGGUUCGAUGACAUGAUGUUCGGUGGUCGAUCAUCCCUUUUGGGUCGAAACAGGGGUGGCAGAGGCAUGGGAUUUGGUCGAGAAGGAGGUACCCGAUUUGACGAUACGCCCAUGCUUCGACGAAGACGAGGAUCGAUGAGCGAACUCAUGGAUGGGAUUGGAGGUUUGAAUCUCGGUGGUGGUGGACGAAGCCCACUGGGAUCUCGUGGUGCAUCUUUGUUUGCCGGAAGAUCGCCUUUGGAUGAUGACCCGUUCGGUGGUUUGGGUGGCCGUCGUGGAGGGUUACACGGGCGGGGUAUGGGGAUGGGUAUGGAUGGCCUUGGCUCUCGAGACAGCCUUCUCGGAGGAAGAGCAGGAUUGCUAGGAGGAGGUGGUCUUCUCGGAGGAGGCUCACGGGCAUCAUCCAGAGCUGGAAGCAUCUUUGACUUGCAGGCCCUCGAUCGGCCCCGAAUGCCGUAUGGGCCUCUUCCCCGCCUUUCCAACUAUCGUUCGCCUUACGUCGAGGAUUACUUCAGCGAAAUUGACUCCAACGAAUUACUUCUCAGGGAAGAAAUGGAGCGAAUGGAGCGAAUGGGCCUUGGCGGCUUUUGGUUCGAUGAUCCGUACGAGGGUCUUAUUUGGUGA